AUGAAUAAUUUACAUCUUCAAUCGACCUCUCCGAAAAGUUUAAGAAAAAAGAAAAACAUUUCGACCUCUCCGAAAAGUUUAAGAAAAGCGAAAAAGAUUUCUUGCCUUUAAUAGAUCAUGCGAUAAAGUCUUAACCCAAAGACGUCACACGCUGGAUUGUCGGUUUCUUUGUAACGUAGGGUAAAAAGUAAUAGCCUGGUUAAGGGUUGAAGAUGUUGGUCCGUGUUGCCUUUCUGGUGACUAUAGCCGUGGCAUAUGCAACAGCGAUUGAAAAAUCAAGUUCACCUCUAUUCAAGGCAGCGAGCAAAAGUUACAAUGUCCCUGCGACAAAGCGUGACGAAGUCGGUGAUUUGGAAAAGAAGGAACAAGAAGCUGGAAAAGCUGUUCUAAGGCUUCUUGACGCUAAGAUAGGAACCAAAGUGAAAGAUGCUGCUAAAGAGGUCCAAGACUUCCUUGCCUCUGCUCUAGGCCACCACGCCGAUCAGAGGAUAAAGAAUUUCCGUGAGGACAAAGCAAAAGAAAUGUCUCUUCUCCAUCUUGGGGCCCAAAAAGUCGUGGCCGCCCAUAAGCCUGAGAAGGUCGCAGAUACCCCUAAGAAGAAAAAGGAUGGCUCAUUCCUUGUGCACUUUAAGAUCCCUUACCUCGUGACCCCCAUUAAGGACAAGAAGAAGCCGCACCACAAGAAGCAUCACCAUAAGCACCGUCAUCACAAGAAAGCGCAUCACUCAGAUCCCGCAGUCCCGCCUCCCAUAGAGCACAGGCCCCACCACAGACCCUUCCCUCCAGCUGUGCAUGCCCCCUACCACCCACCCCCGGCAUACAGCAACCCUACCUACCAGCCUCCAGCUAGCACCUACCCACCUCCCACCAGUACAGGCAUGGCCGCCGCCGGUAUGGCCCCUUGUCAAGGCAUGUGCACGGCUCCCUGCACGCCCUCCUGCACUAUGAACCCCGACUGCUGCUGCUGUCCGGACCCUAACGCUUCGCAACUACCUUAUCCGCUAGCGCUACCACCCACCCCACUCUUCCCCCCUCCCCCUCCCCCACCUCUUCUGCUUGGGCCAGGGGGGUGCAUGCCUGGGUGCCGCAGGCACUGCUUUAGCCACUGUCCCCCGCAGUGCUGUGAUAAGGAGAAGAGGAGCGAGGUCGCGAGGGUGAAGGAGGAUGGUACCUCAGGCCAGGCCAAGGAUGAGGACGCAUCUCCGCUCAGCGGGGAAGGAUCCACAGAUGAGAGCGAGUUCUAAACGUGAACACCUGUCAUAUAGCUCUAAUACUAUGCUUUAUCUUAUGCAGGGCUCCCUUGAGUGUUUUCUCUGAAGGAGCAAUGACAAUAGCGUAUGACGUUUAUGUCCUUUGAAUAUUUACGGGAUGUAAAUAACAAGCAGGAACACUGGAAACUCCCCAAUUUUCAGUUUAAUUAUAAUUUAAUGUAUUAAUGUUUUUUUUCUUGGAAGGCAACAUCUAAGUCGUAGGGAUAAAUGUUGUUUUUUCAUCUAAGAAAAUGAGCUUCACUUGUUAUUAGUUAUAUCAGGAUAAGUUUGCGAACUCUUAGCCUUUGAGGUGUUAAUGUCAGAGCUUGAUAGUAACAGGAACCAUCUCGACUGUAUAAGACACUGAAAUUUGUAAAUACUGCGAAUAAUUGUACAAAACGGAGGUAGUGAAAAUUGUAUAUCGGUAUGGAAUGUACAAUAAAAAUUGAUAAAUGUC